CAUGUUGCCUGCAGAGAAGCAAAUUUACUUGGGUAAACUUGAACACAGUACUCAUUUCUAAAGGGCAAACACCAGCGACAGCAAGUUGUUGCUUUUACGUCACCGGGAUGCCAGUAACAGUGCACUGACGCGACUCUCGAACCACUAAACCAUCACAGACAGUAGCUGACAUACUAUACUCCGCACAUCUCUUGCAAAUGUUACUUGUUGCAGCACAACACCCAGAUAUUGCAGGACUUCUGGAGCUGUUUCUGAAGCUGGUGCUAUCUCCUGGGUUUAUCCUUUAUAAGCUUAAUCACAGAGCAGCUACAAUUUUACCUGACAGUAGAUAAGCUAUGGUAUUAGCCCUGUUCCACUCGGGCUGUCUGUAUCUUCUAGAGAUCUGCUAAAGAGUACCUGCUCUAGAAAGAACCCAAAGUACAGACUGCUGCCCUUCAGGACGAGUUUCUGCGAUAGCUCAUACCACCAUCAAUAAUGCCCUUUCCCUGUGUUUAGCAGGGCUGGUCAAGCAGGAACCCCUAAGCCAGCAUCCCAAUGAUCACUACUUCCCUGGAAUCUCUCGUAUUUUGGUUUGGGGCAGAAGGAGUUAGCUGAAGCUUUAUACGAAGGCUGAGGUGAUCCAAAUACCGCAACGUGUUUGUGCAUGCUAGAAUAAGCAAACAAAAAAGCACAUAAAUUACAGGCUAGAUGGAGAUUAGCAAGCAUCUGUCACCUGCCAACCCUACCAGAAAGCACACAGUUGUUUGGUGGGAAAGGCCACCUGACGAGCCUGAUCCUGGAACAGAUGAUAUCAGAGAAGUCACAAGGAGUCCCUAAAGCCAAUGAAGUCCUGCUCUGCUGCUGGCAAGUUUACCCCGGACAAAAAGGGGGGACUUCUCAUGCUUCCCCAUGCCAGCACUUCACCCGCCCAUCUGCACGCUCCCACUGCACCGCGAUGUGCUCCAGGUUUACCCACCGAGUUUCUGUUCCCUGUCAGUCUGCCCACAGCAACAGCAUUGGAAGUAACGUGGCUUCGUUUUAAAAACAAAGCAAACAAGUGUUCUUCAGUAUAAUGCAAUGGCAGAUGCAGCGUGAAGACGCUUUCUACUGGUACAGUCCUUCCACCACCCUUCGGGGUAAGCAUCCCAGCUGUGCUUGCACAGAGUACAUUUGGGAGGGCCUUAAACUCAGCUGAGCCUUUUAAAGAUAUUUAAAUAUGAGGCCUUAUUUCUGAAGCCUGUCUUUUGUGUUAUUACUCAUACUGUACAAGUAUAUGCAUGCACUCUCGCACAGGAAUUGGGCUUAGCUACUGACAUUUAAAUAAGCUAUUUUUCGUCUCGCAUAGAUCCUGUCUUCAGCAGACCUCCCCCAACCUGCCUGGCAAGGACUUUGAGAAAACAACAGAGUUAAGCGUGGCAACAGGAGAACUUUUGCAUCCAACUAGCCACUUCUAGUCCACAAGCAGAUCUCUCCCGCAGAGCCGGGCUGGCUGGGGAACUGCGGCAGCCUCGUGACCCCGAGCACAGCUCUGGGCAAUCGCACGGGAAACCACAGAGCUCUGCUCUAAAGCAUCUUCGCCUCUGAGGCGUGUGAAAGGCUGGCAGAGAACGCCGGUGACAUCAUGUCAGCCUGCGCGGUCCCCUGUAGGUUUUGCAUAUUAUAUAUAGACGUUGGCUUUUGUUGUUUGGGGUUUUUUGUGCGUGUGUGUAUGUGCGUGUGGUUUUUUGUUUGUUUUUUUUUUUUUUUUUAAAAAAAAAGGUACAAGAUCCUUCCUUGAAAGAGUGAGGAAGUCAACUCUUAAGACUGUUGCCUCCUAACCACAAAAUUAUGGUUAAGGCCGGAUCUGCUUUUAAGUCUUGCGUCGCAAGAAUCACUUACUGGUCAUUACCUACAGAUUAAUAGAUCAAUACGCAAGAGCGCUGUCAAGCAAAGGAAACUAUCUGACUUUGUUCAGUUUAGUCACAAACACUACUGUCAGGUAAAAUAUCCACUACAGAGGUGUUGAAGUGGACAUGGCCCAAACAAUGUCUGUUCUGCAGCAGUAAAUAAGGAAAAGAUGCCUUGAAACAGAUCCUUACCCUCCGUGUAACCACAAAACCAACUCGCAGAUCGCACAGCUAUAUAUAUAUUUUUUUUUUUUUUUCCUCUGGGAUCUGUCACAAGCAACCCACACCUGCACUCCUGGCCGUUCCUCACAGCACCUUUCCCUAUGAACGUAUGGGCGACGUGGCAGUCAGAGAACAAACGCAGACGUUAAAAAAAAAAAAAAAAAAAAAAAAAGUCAGUCUGGUGAAACAGUAGAGCAAACAAAGGAGAGACUUCACCCAGGCGCGACAGCGACUGCCAACAUGCCCAAGAAACUGGAGGAAGGAGGAGGGAGCAAUGCUGUAGAAAAACAGGAAGCAUUGCCCUUCCCCGCAUGGAAAGCGGCUCUCGCGCACACGGGAAACUUUCCAAGUGAGAGCCACCCAGUGCUGGAGAGCGGGCGAGUGGUUUCACUGAGAGUCAGAUCUGGAGAUCCCUUGGGAGGUACGUUCCAGCUCCAGGCCAGCUCAGAACCGGCUCUCUCAGUUUCUGGUGUGCAAUGUUAAGGAUGUUCUUCCUUUUUCUCUUGUAUUUCGUCUCCCCUGGAUUUUCACAUCCUUACGGAAGUGAUGAUGGCACUAGCAUUCGGUGGUCAUCACCUGGCCCCCCGCACCAUUAGAUGUUUCCCAAGAUCUUUAGGGUCCCCAGCUGUGCAAUGCUACGUUGUGGCAGGACACAAGAAGCACAAAGUGUGACCUAGCUGCCACACUGGCUCUGUUUCUUGUAUGGAAGAAAUGCAGGACAGAAAAACAGAAUAUUUGCAUGUUCACUGGUGCAAAACGUAUUACUUCUCUCUCUUCCCUCCUCACCUCCCUCCAUUGUUCACAUCACCCUUUAAGCCAACAGGCUUGUGAGACCUCCACAAGGUUGACUAUCAUCAUCUCCACCACAGAAAAAGGGCUAAGAAGGUUCCACCUCUUUUUGACUACGCUGAUCCAAAAGAAUUGAUGUGGCUGUGGACUUUGUUUCAGCAUUCUUUAUCUCCCUCCCAAAGCAAAAUUUAUUGCUCUAUUUUUUUUUUUUUUUUUUCACUUGCUUUACCCAAGACAAGUAUAAGCCUCGGAAAGCACAUGUGCUUGAACCUAAUGCUGAGUAAGUCACACCUACCAGAUGUAUCCCCACUGUCGCCCAAGAUAAUGUUGGGUCUUCUGUUAUUACCUCCCCAAGGGAACACCCACGUGAGGAAAUUCAGCAGCCGCACUAAAGCCCCUUGUGACCGUGCUCUUUAAGGGGCAGCAUUUGUGCAGACCUGAUGCUCACGCUUUUUGAAGCGUCAGAGCAAUUCCCAACUCAUCACUCCCCGAAGGAGGGGACUUCCAAAGGGCAGGGAGAAAGGAGAAGAUGCCACGGCUGGCUCCCGGGCUGCCACCGUUCUGCACUCAACUGACAGUUCACUUUCUGCAUUAGUGCAAGGGCCGUCUUUGUAACAGCGGUGGAAAGAGCUCCUUCUCCAGUGCCACAAGGUUCACCGUGCUGGCGGUGAGGACAGCACCGCUGAUUUAGAAGCUGCCUCUGGCUCUUAUGUUUGGCCCCUCACACGAGCAUCAGCAGAGUCCCAGGGAGGAGGCGUUUAUUGAGGAGACGUUACUUGGCAUAACUACCUUCCCAGCCACCAGCAGAAAUUCUGCCUUUCACGUGCCUCCCGAGCAAGCUACCAAAGGGGCUCUGCUGUACUUUUCCUAGGCAGGAUCGAGCAGGUUUCCAGCUCAGGCACUGACUGGAGGAUCUCCUUUAAGUCACACACAAGGACCAGAUAGCCUUACGAGCAUUACAGAAGUCCUUCAUGCCAUCUGACGUGGUUGACCCAGGAAUUCCCAUCUCCUCUUUCCGAACCUAGCAAGUUCACACCACUGCAGCAGCUUCAAGUUCUUUUUCCCACGUCCCCACCCUCCGUAGGCCACUUUGCCUUCCACCUGUGAAGCUGACACUUGUUGAGGUGUUCCUCACGGUCCUAUCGUGCUCCUUACUUUCAGCAUCCGCGUCGAGUAGCAGCAGGAGGCUGAAUCUUCCUGGACUUGACAGACUCCUCCAAGGCUGAUGACACCCAGCAUUAACUGCACAUCAGAUGCGAGAAGCGCUGUUUUCCAACUUUCCUUGGACUUCAUUCAAAGCAACAGCUGGUUCAAACAAACUCCUGAGAAAGCUCAGCUUUCUGCCAACCAAGAAAAUCUCACCAUUUCAUAGAAGGCAUAUGCUCUCAGAUUGAAAGACAACCUGCUGUUGCCGCAGUCAUCCGGACUCUUCCAUGUUUUGGAUACUUAUGAGAAACACCUCCCCUUUCCAUCUCCUGUUGGAAAGAUGACAUCCAUUCUCAUUUCCAAGUCUGAUCAGUCAAGAGCCUCUGACUCUGGACUGAAGACACCUCUCCCUGGUGCAGCCUGAAACAAGCAACUUCUUGAAAGCCCUUUGGUGUUUCAGGACAUAGUGGCCACGCUGCAUGGCAGUGUGCAUUUCUGACAGCACGUCACGCUCGGGUCUCCGUUCUCUUCACUACUUCUGCAGGAUUUUCAGUUCAAGACCGAGAUUCGGUCUUCACUGUCAGGGCCCUCUUGUGAGCACGAUGACAGCUGCCUCCCCCUUCCACUGAAGAACCCCAACACGCUUCACAGAGCUUUCCUGUCUCUAGCACUUCUGCUCUGGAUUUGCUAAGAAAGUGUCUGUCUGCAGAGGAAAGAAGCGCUUGCUCCCAGAUCUCGAUGCAAAUGGGCUCCUGCACCUCCCAAGCUAUUUCCUAAACUUCCUGAUUGUACCGAGACUUUCAGCUAUGCCUCACUCUUGCCUUUGCACCUCAGGUUGGUGUCAAAAGACCCAAUGAGCUGUCUCGGGACAUCAGACCCCUAAGCACAGUACCUGUGUCAACAGAUGCGAGGCGGUUGCUAACUUCCUAUCUGUGUCAUAACAUCCUGUUUUGUGGACACCGCCAGAGCAGCAAGACCAAGAAAACAAAGUGAAGAAUGUUUUCUGAAAUCCCGGUUUGCAGACUUGAAGUUAAUAACCUGUCAGUAAGGGAAGUGCUAACAACGCCAAAGCCCCGGCGGUGCCACGGGAGGUGGAUAUGGCAACGAAAGGUGGAAAAGACAUUCCCUUGCCCCUCUCCUCUGCCCUCCUGGAUCGCAGCACUCCAAAGCGCUACGAGCCCCAGAGAUCCCACCAGAGGCCAGCCCCUAAACACCCAGGCCACCGAGAAAUACGCAGCCGAGCUGCUGCUGGGGAUCAUGCCCCGGGUGCCCGCCAGAUUUACGCCCGCCGUAACCACCACCCAUCGCCCACAGUCUGCCGGCAGGCCAACGCCGCGCCGCGGAGACCGCAGGCUGCUCUCGAGAUGCUGCCAACAGGCCAGGAUCGGCCAUACCUGUUUCAUAUGGUGAAAUGGAUGACUGGGACAACAGCGAUGAAUUCAUUCAGCGACUGGAUUUUUCUAGCUGUGGCGAAGACAGCGAAGACAGAAGUGUAAAUGAAGAGGAUGCCCUGAGCUCGAGCCCCCCCAGGAGCUCUGAGUUCCAGAAGUGGCAAGGGAGCAGUCCUCUGCCAGCAACCCCUCAGAGAAAACUUGGUGAGAUCUUCUUGAACAAGACAAAAGCCUGGGUGAGCCCCACCCUGAAGUCUUCUCCAACUGUGAGCAAGAACUGGGGUAAUGCUGAGACACCACUGCACAUCACCUGGAAAAAGCUGCAGCUAUGUGACACCCCCCACACUCCCAAGAGCCUGUUAUCAAAGACAGCUUUUCCUUCACCUGGGACAAAGGUCCCACCCAAAGGCUUCCGACAUCUGAGAUCUACUCCUGAUGCUGACUUCGAUGAUGCUACCCAAGCUUCUCUUGUCAACAUUAAUCCCUUUACACCAGAGUCGUAUCGACAAAUGCUCUUUCCUCUUAAUGGCAAGCGGAGGACCAGAGAACUGAGGGAUCCUGAUCUGAGAAACGAGAUGCAACAGCAGCUACCUACAAAAAGAUGUCCUCUGAAAGAGAGCAAUAUGGUUUCCCGCUACAAGAAGGAGUUCCUGGAACUAGAAAAAAUUGGUGUGGGGGAAUUUGGCUCUGUCUACAAGUGCAUCAAACGCCUAGAUGGAUGUGUUUAUGCCAUCAAACGCUCCAAAAGGCCUCUGGCAGGAUCCUCGGAUGAGCAGCUGGCACUGCGCGAGGUUUACGCUCACGCUGUCCUUGGGCACCACCCCCACGUUGUGCGCUACUACUCGGCCUGGGCAGAGGACGAUCACAUGAUUAUCCAAAAUGAACACUGCAACGGUGGGAGUCUCCAAGAUGUGCUGCUGGAAAAUGAAAAGCUUGGCCAGUAUUUCCUAGAAGCAGAGCUUAAAGAAAUACUGUUACAAGUAUCCAUGGGCCUAAAAUACAUCCACAACUCUGGCCUUGUGCACCUGGAUAUCAAACCCAGUAAUAUCUUCAUCUGUCACAAGCUGGCAGUUGCAGGCCCUGCUGGGCAGGAAGAGAGUGACAGCGAAGAUGAGUUAUCUUCUGGUGUGGUGUAUAAGAUUGGUGACCUUGGCCAUGUAACGUCAAUAACAAACCCUCAGGUGGAGGAAGGAGACAGACGGUUUUUGGCCAAUGAGAUUCUGCAAGAGCAAUACUGCUAUUUGCCGAAGGCAGACAUCUUUGCCCUGGCACUCACAGUAGCUUUAGCGGCAGGCACGGCACCGCUGCCUCACAACGGGGCCAUGUGGCACCACAUCCGCAAAGGCAAUAUCCCACCGAUCCCCCAGAAGCUUCCUCAUUGCUUUCUUGAACUCCUCAAGCUCAUGAUCCAUCCUGACCCAGUGGAAAGACCUUCUGCCACGGCUCUUACUAAACAUCCAGUUCUCUGUCCUUCACGUGGAAAAGCUGUGCAGCUCCAGAAGCAACUAAAUGUGGAGAAGUGCAAGACUGCCAUGCUGGAAAGGGAACUUAAAGCAGCCCGCCUUGCCCAGACCCUCAUGAAGGACCAGCCCUUAGGAAGUGCCAAGUUGCAAGAGUCUGAAACCUCUUCUAAGCAGAGCAGCAAACGCCUGGUGGGAGGGAAGAGCUGUCGCUCAUUUAGCUUUACUUUGGGUUAUUGAAUCACCGUGUUGUCCAAAAAGCUUUGGUGGCUGAAUGGCCCUGUGAAAGCAGAGGGUUUGCACAGACCAGUGCCCCAUAUUAGCUCUCCCUGUCGUGGUUUUUGGUUCCCUUAUUAGUUAUGAUUUAGAUGUUGGCUGAGGGAAUAAUGACUAGCUUACAAGUGCCAGAUCAUGGGAUUUGAGAUGAUUGUCCUCAGUCUUACCUGUUUAAGUUCUCGUGCAACUGGUCUUGUUCUAGAUUCAGAAUAGCUUUGCCAUACGAGGGAAAGGAUGGAAUUUCCUCUACUCGCUUCCCUCUCUGUUUUUACUGAUGAUGUUUUUGUGAUCUUAACACUUGGCCACCUGCAUAUCUUUAGAGGGGAGACAACGGCUGUACAUGGAGACAGCAUCUACAGCUGGGUCAUCUUAGAAACGAGGUGGUAGAGACUGUGAUAGACAGGUAGUUGGUUUUGGGUUGGUUGUUUUGUGUUUUUUUUUUUAUCUACACACCAGGAGGCAGGCUGGUUACAUAGCAGUCCGGUAGAAUUGGGAUGCAAUUAGCGUGGCGUUUUGCUGAGGACAAAGAGAACACUGAGUUAAGGGGGCCUUUUCUUGUGGAAGGAAAACUUCCCCACCUUGUGACAGCAAGCAACAGUAUCAUGUAACUGAUGUGGUUAAGCUUUUGCAGACCUAGUCCCUGGUGCCUGACUUUUGUCCCUCAGCAAGGACUCGGUUAAAGCCUUGGGGGGGGAAAUGGCUGUGGUGGGUCUGCGUGCCCACCUCCCCCCCAGCACCCCACGGGCGGUGCAGCUGCCUGCCUGCGGCCUUUUGGCAACGAGGAGGGAAAUCACCAAGGGCUUUUUGUGCGCCUUGUCAGGUUGUUGUGUGUAUUUUUUUUUUUUUUUUUCCUGGAGUUGCCCAUGUGAAGUGUGUAUGUAUUUAGGCAAUCUCAACCCCCUGCUUAAUGUAAUUUCCUGAAUCCUUGCUGGCUGUGUGUCUAGCUGUGAUAGGUGGGCACAGAUGUUGUACUGUUAUGAGGGAGAGCGUGUUAUUACUCUUGGGUUUUAACUGAAGUUUUGUUUUCAAGCGUUGGACAGUGCCGGUUUUUAAAACUGUUAGAUACUACCCUUUAAGAAGCGAAACGCGCAAAUAAAGAUUUUAAUCCUUUUUACCUA